AAGGAGGCGCUCGCGGCCGACGACGACCACCACCACCACCACAACCACGAAGAGAAGGUGCUUUCGCGCAAGAACUCGGCGCACCGCCUCCCGCGCACGCCGAGCAGCGGCUGCAGUACACCGACCGGCUACUACUCGUGCGACUCGCCUGUCGCCAUCAAGAAGGAGCACCUCGUCAUCACGAACGGGAGCCUCGACUCGUCCUUCAACUCGAUGAGCCUCCACAAGCAAAAGGCCGCGGUCAUGGGCCAGAAGGCGUCGAUGGACUGCUACGCGUCGCCGUACGAGAACAAGCACUUGACGCGCGUCAUGGGCAAGAAGCAACCAGCGCCGCAACGCGUCAUGGCCGAAGACCUCACGGCAAUGCACGACGAGCUCGACUGGAUCGCCGACAGCGACCUCGAGAACAUUCGCGACUCGGUCACGAGCCUCACGAGCACGCACUCGGGUGGCGAAUGGGACGACAACGACAUGAACUGGGUCGACCUCCUGCCCUACAACGACCCGUCGGCCUUUGAGUCGGGCAGCGACCAGUACAUGCGCCAGCAGUUUGUGCCUGUCAAUGGUAUGGGCUACCACUACGCCGCCACGAUCUAG